AUCCGUUCGUUCCCUUCGCCGUAUCAAAAACACGCGUCCGUCAGGGCCCAGACAGAUAUAAGGCUGUCAAGCAACUCAGGAGCUGCAGUGCGGAGUACCUAAUUCCAUCUAAUUAUCUCCCUGCCAUCCCAGCCCCAGCUCACCCGGGCCCUGAUUAAUUCAAUCAGCUACUCUUUCAUUCCCCGAAAAUAAAACCAGGACAUUGAAAGGGCCAACCAUGUCGGCUCCGACCAACACCAUCUCCUCCUGCUGCCUGCGCGCCUCCCUCUGGGAGGGCACGCCCACCGGCACCGAGACCAAGCUCGCCGGGGUGCCGAACCCGACCUACGUCGCCCGGCCGCCGACCCCGUCCCGCGCCGCGCUCCUGUACGUCCACGACAUGCUGGGCUGGACGUUCCCCAACGCGCGGCUGCUGGCCGACGCGUACGCGCGCGAGGCCGGCGUGACCGUCUACGUGCCCGACUUCUUCGGCGGCGAGGUGGUGCCGGCCGAGCCGGUGCUGGCGGGCCGCUUCGACGAGCUCGACGUGGCCGGCUUCGCGGCGCGCAACGCCCGCGAGGUGCGCGAGCCCGAGGUGGUGGCCUUCGCGCGGGCCCUGCGCGCCAGCGGCGAGUACGACUUCGUCGCCGCCGUCGGGUUCUGCUACGGCGGCUGGGCCGUCCUCCGGCUCGGUUCCGCCGAGUUCGCCACCACCGACCCCGCCGGUGCCGGUGCCGGUGCCGGUGCCGGCGAAGACGGACAAGAACGCCGCCCCCUGGUCGACGUCGUCUCGGCCGCCCACCCGUCCUGGCUGGUCGAGAGCGACGUGGAGGGGGUCACGGUGCCCGUGCAGAUCCUCGCGACCGAGCACGACCCCGUCUACACGCCCGAGCUCAAGGCCUUCACGUUUUCCACGCUGCAGAAGAAGGGGUUGCCGUUCGACUACCAGCACUUCCCCGGGAUCGAGCACGGCGCUCUGGUCAGGGGCAGCGACAAGAUCAAGGGCGAGAGAGAGGCCAUGGUUAGGGCGAAGAACGCGCUUGUCGCUUGGCUCCGGCAGUGGAUUCAGGACCUGUAAUUAAUCAAUCAUGGAAGCGAAGCUUCAAUGACUAAGUCUCUGAGAUGUGUAUAUAUACACAUUAAAGAGCGAAGGAAAGAGCUUC